GGCUCGGCGGCGGAAGUGGAGCCGCCGGGCGCUCCUCUUCCGCUUUUAGGCGCUGCUGGGACCGCAGAGCCGGACGGCGGUGGGGCCGGGAUGAGCGGGGGCCGCGGCUGACAUGGAGCAGCCCUGUCGCUGAGCCUGGCCCGCCCGCCCGGAGCGGCCCUCCAGGAUGAGCAAGCUGCCCGGGGAGCUGGCCCGAGACCUGGAGCGCAGCCUGCCCGCCGUGGCCUCCCUGGGCUCGUCUCUGUCGCACAGCCAGAGCCUGUCCUCGCACUUCCUCCCUCCACCGCCCGAGAAGCGCAGCGCCAUCUCCGACGUCCGCCGCACCUUCUGCCUCUUCGUCACCUUCGACCUGCUCUUCAUCUCCCUGCUCUGGAUCAUUGAGCUGAACACCAACACCGGCAUCCGGAAGAGCCUGGAGCAGGAGAUCAUCUACUACAAGUUCAAGACCUCCUUCUUUGACAUCUUUGUCCUGGCCUUCUUCCGCUUCUCGGGACUGCUCCUGGGUUACGCCGUGCUGCGGCUCCGCCACUGGUGGGUGAUUGCGGUCACCACGCUGGUGUCUAGCGCCUUCCUCAUAGUCAAGGUCAUCCUCUCGGAGCUGCUCAGCAAAGGGGCUUUCGGCUACCUGCUGCCCAUUGCCUCCUUCGUCCUUGCCUGGCUGGAGACCUGGUUCCUGGACUUCAAGGUCCUGCCCCAGGAAGCCGAGGAGGAGCGAUGGUAUCUUGCGGCCCAGGCUGCUGUUGCCAGUGGACCCCUCCUCUUUUCGGGGGCACUGUCCGAGGGCCAGUUCUAUUCACCCCCCGAGUCCUUUGCAGGGUCUGACGAUGACUCAGAUGAGGAUGGUGCAGGGAGGAAGAGCUUCUCGGCUCAGGAGCGGGAGUACAUCCGCCAGGGCAAGGAGGCCAUGGCCGUGGUGGACCAGAUCUUAGCCCAGGAGGAGAACUGGAAGUUUGAGAAGAACAAUGAAUACGGGGACACCGUGUCCACCAUUGAGGUUCCCUUUCAUGGAAAGACAUUCAUUCUGAAGACCUUCCUGCCAUGCCCCGCGGAGCUGGUGUACCAGGAGGUGAUCCUGCAGCCAGAGCGGAUGGUACUCUGGAACAAGACGGUGACUGCCUGCCAGAUCCUUCAGCGAGUGGAAGACAACACGCUCAUCUCCUACGAUGUGUCUGCAGGGGCCGCGGGCGGAGUGGUCUCCCCCAGGGACUUCGUGAAUGUCCGCCGCAUUGAGCGGCGCCGAGACCGGUAUCUGUCGUCGGGCAUUGCCACCACCCACGGCGCCAAGCCCCCAACGCACAAAUACGUUAGGGGCGAGAACGGUCCUGGAGGCUUUGUCGUGCUCAAGUCGGCCAACAACCCCCGGGUGUGCACCUUCAUCUGGAUCCUGAACACAGACCUCAAGGGCCGCCUGCCCCGGUACCUCAUCCACCAGAGCCUCGCUGCCACCAUGUUCGAAUUCGCCUUUCACCUGCGGCAGCGCAUCAGCGAGCUGGGGGCCCGGGCGUGAGCGCGCCCCUCGCCACCCUGCAGGCCAGGGUCCUGUUGCCGCAGCCUCGAGGUCGAGCAGAGCUAGCUGGGCGUCUGCUGCCUGCCACAGCGGGCCUGGCCUGACUGGGGAGGGAGCGGCCUCUCCGCCUGGCGGCCUGUGUGCCCUGGGGCCCGGCCAGGGAGGGCUCUGUCCUGCUGCAGCGCCCACAGUGCCUGCCUCCUGGAGACCCGCUGCCCCUGACCAGCCUCGGGCCCGUCUGGAACGGGAGCCUGAGACUUGGGGGCGGGCGGGGCCCAGGCAGGCCCGCUGGUCUCUGGUGAGGGCACCAGAGACGCUUCAUUCACCUGCUCUCAUCAUUUUUUAGACAUCAGGGGUCCGGGACCUUUUCCCACAUGCCCUUGCUGGGGAAGAGGCUGGGGGCUGGGGCUGGCAGGAAACUGCUGCACCCAGCUUCUCCCUGCCCCAGGGCCCCAGGGGGACCUUUGUAAUUUGA